CACUGCAGUACCGCAGAAAUGGCUGAAAAUAACCUGCUCUUGACAUUUGCAGACGAAAUAUUGUGAUCGUAACAAAAUUAUGGCAUUAUAGGAUCAUCUUUGGCAUUUUAAGGGACGGGAUCCUGAGGGGUCGGUCCGGAUCCAUUUCAGUACAAGAGAUACAGACCGUAUCGCUAGAAACUAACAUUUUUGCCAGGUCGGCAGGGAGGACUGCAUUGAUUUCUGGAAGAAAAACUUAAGCUGCCAUCAUGUCAUCUGUCAAGGUAGCUGUGAGGGUUCGUCCCUUCAACUCAAGGGAGACAUCCAGGGAUGCUGAGUGCAUUAUUAAUAUGCAGGGAAACACUACAGUCAUCAACCCACCUAAGGACAAGAGGGACGGGACACCAAAGAGCUUCAACUUUGACUAUUCCUACUGGUCACACACAAACGCAAAUGACCCAAUGUUUGCAUCACAGAGCAAGGUGUACGAGGAUAUUGGACUGGAGAUGUUGGACCAUGCGUUUGAAGGUUACAAUGUGUGCAUCUUUGCCUAUGGCCAGACUGGGUCAGGAAAGAGCUACACCAUGAUGGGAAAGAAUGAACCAGGUCAACAGGGCAUCAUUCCACAGCUUUGUGAUGAUUUAUUCCAACGGAUCAAGAAGAGUGAGAGUGAGGAUGUCCACUUCUCAGUGGAGGUGAGCUACAUGGAGAUCUACUGUGAACGUGUGCGAGAUCUCCUCAACCCAAGCAACAAGAAUGCGCUACGAGUCAGGGAACAUCCAUUGCUGGGACCUUAUGUAGAGGAUCUCUCGAAACUAGCUGUCCAGUCAUUUGAGGACAUCAAGAACCUCAUUGAUGAAGGAAACAAAGCAAGAACUGUGGCUGCAACCAACAUGAACGAGACCAGCAGUAGAUCUCACGCCGUCUUUACCAUCAUCUUCUCACAGCGCCGAUAUGACUCGACCACAAACAUGAUUGGAGAGAAGGUCAGCAAAAUCUCCUUGGUUGACUUGGCUGGCAGUGAGAGAGCAGACUCGACAGGCGCAAAGGGAACUCGCUUGAAGGAGGGGGCCAACAUUAACAAGUCCCUGACCACCUUGGGCAAGGUCAUCUCCGCCCUGGCAGAAGUGAGCGCGGCACCAGCCAACAAGAAGAAGAAGAAGAGUGACUUCAUCCCAUACAGAGACUCUGUCCUCACGUGGCUGCUGAGGGAGAACUUGGGUGGAAACUCCAAAACUGCCAUGGUUGCCGCUCUCAGUCCAGCAGACAUCAACUUUGAUGAAACCCUCAGCACACUCAGAUAUGCUGAUCGUGCCAAACAGAUUAUGUGCAAGGCUGUGGUUAACGAGGAUCCGAAUGCUCGGUUGAUCCGAGAGCUCAAGGAAGAGGUAGCAAGGCUGAGAGAGCUCUUGGCUAGUGAGGGAAUUGAGAUUCAAGCAGUUGAUUCAAAUUCUGACAAUCCCGUGAAGUUUUCAACGGGUAAUGGAAGCAUGUCCGAGCAUGUGAAGGCCUUGCGUGCUCGGAAGAACUCUGUGACUAUUGACGGAGGGGAAGAUGCAAUGGAAAGACUCCAGAUGUCGGAGAAACUAAUUGCUGAACUGAAUGAAUCUUGGGAAGAAAAACUCCGUAAAACAGAGGCCAUCCGCAAGGAAAGAGAGGCUGUGCUGGCCGAGAUGGGAGUAGCUCUUAAAGAAGAUGGAGGAACAAUUGGUGUGUUUUCUCCUAAAAAGACCCCCCAUCUCGUCAAUCUGAAUGAGGACCCUUUGAUGUCAGAGUGCCUCAUCUACUACAUCAAGGAUGCGACCACUAGAAUUGGUCGAGCAGAGGCAAAGAAUCUACAAGACAUUCAACUGAAUGGAACCUACAUCUUAGAGGAGCAUUGUCUGUUUGAAAACAAUGAUGAAAAUGUGACUCUGGUGCCAUUUGAUGAUGCAUUGUGCUAUGUGAAUGGGAGACAAGUGAUGGAGGCUACUGUCCUGAAGACUGGAGCUCGGGUGAUCCUUGGGAAGCACCACGUCUUCCGCUUCAACCACCCCCAACAAGCUCGCCUGAGUCGUGCACUGAUGACAGAGUCCAUUGACAUACCUAUAUCUGAGCCGGUGGACUGGAGUUUUGCUCAGUUGGAGCUGCUGGAGAAACAGGGCAUUGAUCUCAGGAAGGAGAUGGAACAAAGGUUACUGAACCUGGAGGAACAGUAUCGGAAGGAGAAGGAGGAAGCAGACAUACUGUUCGAGCAGCAGAGGAAGGACUACGAGUUCCGCAUCCAGUCACUGCAGGAGCAGGUGGAGAGACACUCCAUGAUGUCCAGCUGUGUCACGGACGACUUCUUCGAGGAUGAAGAUCCGGAAGAAUGUAAGUGGACGAAUCGAGAGAGAGAUUUGGCUGCUUGGGGUUUCCGGAAAUGGAAGUAUCACCAGUUCACAUCACUCAGGGAUGACUUAUGGGGCAGUGCAAUAUUCCUCAAAGAAGCCAAUGCAAUUAGUGUGGAACUCAACAAGAAGGUUCAGUUCCAGUUUGUCUUGUUGACCGACACCCUCUACUCACCUCUGCCUGGUGAUCUCAUGAACCCUGAAGACAGGGACUACAGCAGACCAUUCCCCAAAACAAUCGUCGCCGUUGAGGUACAGGAUACCAAAAAUGGUGCCACUCAUUACUGGAAUCUGCAGAAACUUCGACAACGGUUGGAACAUAUGCGAGACAUAUACAAUGAAGACCUGUCUCCGGACACGCCCGAGGCAAAACAAGAUUUUUUCCAUUGUCUCGCGGGUUGCGGACAACAGAACAUGUUUAACUUUUAUAACCUUAUCCCAUCCAGACAACGCCUGGAGCUGAUGCGGGAGAUGUACCACAACGAAGCGGAGUUGUCCCCCACGUCCCCAGAGCCAAACAUUGACUGCAUGAGCGGUAGUGAUCCCUUCUACGACCGCUUUCCAUGGUUCAGGCUUGUUGGCAGAGCAUUUGUUUACCUGAGCAAUCUGUACUACCCAGUGCCCCUGGUACACAGGGUAGCCAUCGUCAGUGAGAAGGGGGAGGUGAAAGGUUAUCUACGGGUCGCUGUUCAAGCUGUCACAGAGGCUGAUGAUGCACCUGACUAUACCCCAGGUAUCAAACAAUCAGGAAACGCCAAAAUCUCAUUCAGUGAUGCCGACUAUUUUGCAUCUCCAUCUUUCUUUCAGAAACAACUGACCCACACUGAAUUCCCACCAGCCAUUGUCGGGAAACCACCCGUAUCUGUUCCCUCGAUGGAGAAUCUGAGAAUAGUUGAAGGAGAAGGGCAGUCCCCAGAAAACACAGACACAGUCAAAGUGUCGGACCAGAACGUGACAGCUGACAGCAAGAAGGUAGUGAACCUCGACCAUGGUCCAGACAUCAACUCCAAGGAGCUGCCAGAGCACCUCCAACUUGGCUCCCAGUUCCAGUUCCGGGUCACCGUGCUCCAGGCCUCCGGAAUAUCACCAGAAUAUGCGGACAUCUUCUGCCAGUUCAACUUCCUGCACCGACAUGAUGAGGCGUUCUCCACAGAACCUCUGAAGAACACAGGGAAAGGCCCACCGCUUGGCUUCUACCAUGUACAGAAUUUCACCGUGAAUGUGACCAAGUCGUUUAUUGACUACGUGAAAACACAGCCCCUUGUGUUUGAGGUGUUCGGUCACUACCAGCAGCACCCACUUCAUGAACAAGCCAAGGAGAGACCCUUCUUUUUCAGCAGAAUUCGUUCCCCACCGAGCCGGAGUUUCCCAUCCCACCUGCCUGUGUCGAAACCUGUACCAUCACCCAAGUAUGGAGUCAUCACUGCCCCAAGAAAGAGAGACUUGUCUCUUGUAAUGGACAUCACUAAGGCAGCUGGGAUUGGCUCGAGCCCUGUCUACUCCAGAUGUGAUCUGCUAGUGUGGUUUGAGAUCUGUGAACUGGCACCCAAUGGAGAGUACGUACCUGUGGUGGUGGACCAUGGGGAGGAGCUGCCCACCAGGGGGAUCUUCAUGCUGCACCAGGGUAUACAGAGACGCAUCCGCAUCACCAUCGUACACGAGCGGCGGCAUGAACUGCUGUGGAAGGACGUGAAGGAGCUUGUUGUUGGUCGUAUCCGCAACACCCAGGAGUACCGCGACUACGAUGGCGAGAUGACCGUCCUCUCCCUCAACCUCUUCCCGGCCCACUUCCUUCAGUACUCCAACGAUGACAGAGUCUUCUUCCAGUUUGAGGCAGCCUGGGACAGCUCCCUCCAUAACUCCUCACUCCUGAACAGGGUCACACAGUACGGGGAGAGGGUGUACAUGACACUCUCCGCAUACCUGGAGGUUGAGAACUGUGCCCAGCCUGCUUGUAUCACCAAGGACUUGACUCUCAUCAUCCACUCCAGGGACACCAAGAUCUCAGCUCCAAGUGUUCGUUUCAGGGCUCUGCGCAGUCUCUUUGGCGGAUCCAAGAACGCAGAAAGCAACCGUGUGUCUGGUGUCUACGAACUGUUCCUCAGGAAAUUCUCUGAAUCAAGUAGUCCAGGAGUGCAGCGACGUCAGCGGCGAGUGUUGGACACAUCGUCUACGUAUGUGCGUGGCGAGGAGAACCUGAACGGAUGGCGCCCUCGCGGGGACUCCCUCCUGGUUGACCAUCAGUGGGAGCUGGAGAAACUCACCAGGCUACAGAUGGUGGAGAAGGCACGCCAUGUGCUGUUGCUUCGUGAGAAGCUGGCCGAGCAGAACAAGACGUCGGAGCUGAGCAAGCUGGACAAGGACAUUGUCAACAUGCAGGCCAAGUAUCGCAGUCAGAAAGCCAAGGAGGAAGAACUGAAAGAGUUACGAUCUGACGAGAAUCCGAAAGAUGUAGACAUAAAGGAGAAAGAUUUGACAAAAACCUCAAACAUUUACGACUUGAAAACGGAUGGGGACAGAGAAAAGGAGCUUGCUGCUAAAUGUGUUAAGCUGAUGCUGCAAGGAAAACCACCUCUCAAACCACCACCUGUCAGGACAUCGCUGACGGACUCCAUGUUAAGCUCGACAACUGCAACUUCUGAGGAGAGUGACAGUCUGCAGCAUUCAGGAGCAGAAUCUCUGGGCAUCAGCAUGACAAGUUCAACAGCAUCUGAACUCUUCAAACCCACCAACCCCACCAUCAUCCAGCAGUCCAGAUCUUGUGACAACCUGACCUCAACCCCCAACAGCAGCGCAGAGAGCGGUGACAGGAAGCUGUCGCUGCCGCUGAAGGGAAUCCGUGCCGACAUGGAGCUGCCCAUGUAUGUGCCCGACGUGGAGGAGGUGCGUGUCAGUCCUGUUGUGUCCCGUCGUGGCUAUCUCAACUUCAUGGAGGACAAAAGCAAUGGCUGGGCCAAGAAAUGGGUGAUUGUACGUCGUCCAUAUGUGUACAUCUACAACAAUGAGAAGGACCCAGUUGUUCGUGGACUGAUCAACCUUGCAACUGCACAGAUCGAGUACAGUGAAGACCAGCAAGCAAUGCUUAAGACUCAGAACACAUUCUCCGUGAUGACGAAACACCGCGGGUUCCUGCUGCAGACUCUCGACGACAAGGACUUUCACGAUUGGCUUUAUGCCAUCAACCCCCUGCUGGCUGGCCAGAUCAGAUCCAAGCUGUCAAGACGGAAGCAGGCAGUGAUGAUAUAAAAUAUGUUGUUAUCAGUGAUGGUAGACUGUCGAAAACAUUCUCCACAUAUUUCCCAGCAUUCCAUUGUAGCAACAAGGGAGAUUACUGUAAUCAAUUUGUUUUCAAAAGGGACAUAACUCUAACGAAUGUGAUAAGUGUAUAAAGUUGUAGUGUGUUCCUUGUCUGGUAUGUCAACAAAGCUGCUUACAUGAAAUCAGAGGCCAAAAUAUCUUCAAUCAAUUCUGAAAAUGAACGUUGUACUGCAGUUUUAGUUAAAAUGGGGUGGCCAUGAGAUGAGAAGUCUUCAGAAUGAAUGCAAAUGUCAAGUUUUAAAGGUUGAACGUGAAUGUUUGGGCAGCCCCUUUUUGACAAAGCUGAGAUGGUAUAUAUUUUUUUCAGGUGUUUAUUUAGUUGCUGUUUAGUUUCUUCAUUAUUGAUUGAAGAUACAAUCAUGUUAUGUUCCUGACAAAUUUAGAAUUUAUUCAAGUAUUUGGCAAAUGUAAUUGAAUUAAUGAUUGAGAGGGAAAGUUCAUUCCUUACUGCAGAUGAAAAAAUUCGUUUCCACUUUAUUUGAAAUCAUUUUGGCUUAAGCAACCAUGAUCCCCAGAAUGCUGAGCAUACAAGGGAAAUAACUCCUGAGAACGUCGAGCCAAUGUGUUCAAAUAUUUGUCAUUGUUUUGUGUCAGAAACUGGUGCUUCAUCCAAAAUGUCAUUUUCAUGCUAGGAAGUCCUUGUUUGAUUAUCUCCUGCUUAGGUAAGAGAAAUGUAAUUAUCCAGAGUUGAACAGAUGUAGAGCCGGUGUUCCACACGGAAAGCAUUUUAGAACAAGAACCAACUGAUAAUUAAUCACAGCAGCAUAAUAAUGUCUGACAGAUAAGAAAAGAGGUUAGGUGGAGCCUGCAUGUUGAGUCACUCAUCCUGUGUAUUCAAACUUUAUUGAUCGUCUGUCGCGGAGGUAAUCAAAGCAAGGUCAUGUAUGAGUUUGGAUAUCCAGAAAGUGUUCAUGUAGGAUAAUCGCAAUAUGUAGUAUACUUCAUGUGGAUUUUGACCUCAAGUCAUGUAUUGCCGAAUCAAUUAUUCUACACUACUAUUUACUGUGUAUAUUGUCCAUGUUGCUGUGUGGUUGAAAUUGUGAUAUUCAUGUUGACUUCCUAUCAACUUAACAUACCAGUGCUGAUUAAUUAUUCACAGAUUGGUUCAUAUUAUUAGACCAACAUUGGAUGUACUUAAAUCUUUUGUCUUUUUGGGCAUAAUUUAUUGGUAGAGUAGUCGAUCAGAAGGAGUGACAAAGUAAACGCCUUGAUUGACUUCAUGAAUGCUUUACUUUGGAGAAAGGGAAGUUUUGGUGAUCUUGAUCGUCUGAAGAAAGACAAAAUUCCAGUGUGUUUGUUCCUAUCAGGGAGAAAGAUUGACUUAGGAAAAGUUGUUUUAGAUGCUUUUCCCUUUGGUUCUGUGAAAGUUGAAAAUAUUUUUAAGUGAUAUAAUUCACUCCAGGAACAAGGUGUCGAUUGUAAUAAUGAGAAUUAGGUAUGUCUUGAUAGACCUAUGAUAGACAGGUGUGAGGACAUGUAUGAUACAACUUACAUCAGUUCUAAAUGCUACGUUCCAUUGUCCUUGAACCGUCUUAAGUAAAUCAUAAUCAGUGGGCAGAAUUUGCACAUGUGCAUGUUCCUUUGUCACUUCUUUGGUGAAAUGAUCCUAGUCCAUUGCUAAUCUCUGUUACACUGCCGUGUGGCUUCACUUGCUCAGUUGACUAGCUCACAAACAAAAUAUGACAUUGUUUAUCUCAAUAUACUUCCGUCUGUGUUGAAUAGUGCUCCUACGUUGUGACAUAGAAUUACAUGUCAAUUCUAGCCACAAAAUGUUAGGGAUUUUAGAUGAUCGAAUUAGGCAGUAUACAGGGUUGUGUUCUGACUCCAGUUCUUUCUGUUGUAGUAACAUUGAAAAAAAAGAUUAUAUUAUAUUGCUGAUAAAUUUGAUGACUUAUUUAAGUGUAUUUUGGAAUCUUUAUCAGUUUAAAGUGUUCAUAAUCAUCAAAUUUGAUUAUAUGAUACUGCUAAUAAAUUUGAUGUUAGGUACACCUGGUUGUCACUCAUUCGGGUGUCAUUUUGAGUCUUAAUCAUGUUAAAUUUGAUGAGUUGACACGAUACAGACAGGUCAUUUAGCCUCCUUAAUAUUUUGUGGGUCAUAUGUUUCAUGUACAUAUGUAACCAUGGUAACAGCAUUUACUCACACCAUGCGACUACAGUAUAUAUACACUCAUGUUGUUUGUGUGUAAAUGUGAUCAUGGUUAGUGUUUAUCCUUUCCCACUACAAGUAUUUGGGGUCAGGUGUCUAAAUCCCAAUGUAUUUAUGUCUUCAGUAUUGUUAGACAAAAUCCAAAACAAUUCCCCAAUUUACAGAUCAGGAUUAAAUGCUGAUUGGAAGAAUAUCAACAAAUUCAGUGUCAGUUUGUGACUCCUGAGGAUUGAAGAUUAAAUCUGGAAAUCAAUGAAAUCAAGAGUACAUGUCAACAAUUUCUGAAUUUGUUUUGAGUGGUAGAAAGUUAUGCAAAUAAAUUUAUUUUGAAAUACUGAUAAGCAUAAUUUUUUUAACUGAAUGAAACUACAUUUACAUUCAAAUGUGUAUCAUAUUUGUUAUCAUUUUGACAAAUAUUUUUCGACUGUAUUGUUUAUUUUUGAGUUUUGUUUUCUUAUGAAACUGUGUGCAAACAAGGUUAUAUGAUUGGUUGUGCUUUUGAAUAUCUAAUAUUCAAAGGAAAAGAGAGAUUUCCAAAGAUUCUUUAAAAACAGAAAUUAUGUUUUUAUGCAUUUUUUCAAGGGCAUUUAAGUGUUUUUAGGUAUUAGUUUGAAAAGUAGCUAUGAAGUGGAAUAACUAUUCAUUAUACAGAUGAAAUUACUUUAAAUAAGAAGAAUGACUUCUUUGAUUGACAAAAUAUUUUCUGCAGGCCCUUUCAUACAUCAUUCUGGAGGUAAUAUCUCUUUUGUUCAAACACCAUUCAUAAUAUUUAACCGAAAUUACCUGUCACAAAUUAAACACAUUCAAUUAAUCUUUGAUUCAGAUAAAGUUCUGGUUGUAACUGCCAUUGUUUUGAAAUGUAUGCACAGAAAUAAGUUGGAUUUAUUUGACUUGUUUUUUGCACAAAUGUUUGAAUUUACCUGUAUACACAAUGCAUUUAAACAAAAAUACAGGUAAUCAAAUAUUUUCCCUAUGAACUGUGAUUGCUAUUGUCUUUGUCAAUUGUACAGUAAUCAGUGUGCGAUUGUAUCUAGCCGAAUGUUUCAUGUAAGAUAUGUAUGUAGUGCUUGACAUGCUUUUUGUAUCAUUUCUGCUUGAUUAGCUCAUGUACAGCAUAGGUGUAUCUUGUUCAAGUUGUUGAUCAUUCUAUGCAUGUCUUUUCAUAACUCUCUCAUUUAUGCCUUAAUCUGUACAACUUCACAAGCAGAUUAUUUUUCCAUUCUUUUGAAUUAAAUGUUAAAAGUUUCUUGUUUUUAAAAACAUCUGGGUUUAUCAGAAACUACUGAAAAUAUUGAAUUACAAACCCUAAUAAUAUUUAGAUUUUAUAUCUUAGGUCAUAAAUAUUUGAGUUAUGAAAAGAAAAUCUCACAUAAAAAUUCAUUCCAUGACUAUCAUGAUAUAUCAACGUGCAAUAUUUACAAUCUGUGAAAAAAACACCUUUUUUUUUUUGUUAUUGCAGUCUGAAGGCAUAUCUAAAAAUGUAUCUUUAGUUACUGAAUUUUAUGACUUUUUCUUGAAGACUAUUUAUGGUUCAGAAUGAAAGUUUAUAUUCAUUUUGAAAAUGGGUAUUAAUACUCGGUUAAUCCUCAGGUAUGUAGCAAAUUAAACUUAUAUCAUUUAUAAUGGAACUAUCAAAUACUACCAGAUAUAUGUACUAUUUUAGAGGAAAUGGCAAAUAGGCAGAUAUUUGGGUCUAAUUCAAACUCCAUUAGAAAAAUAUUUCAGUAAAGGUUUUGAUGUGCUGUUUCAGUUCACAAUACUAGGAUUGUAUUGAGAUUUUCUGUCUUGUUCUUUUUGCUGAAUCGGCAAAAGGAGAAGGCAACCAAUAAUGGAUAUAGCUUUCAGUGAAGAUUCCAUUUUUGGAAUCAUUGCUUAUUACAGUAAGUAUCCAUAUUUGGAGCUAUUUCGUAUCUUUCGAAAGGAAAUAUUCUCAAUUCAAACUGUGAACUCAACUCAACACUCAACUUUAUCUGAACUGGUCAGAAAUGGAAGUAGGAUAAUUUGAUGUGAAAAUCUUGAGUUUACUUAUUUAAUGAUGUUCAUCCACUUUCAUUUGAAAUGGAUGGUUAUCUUUGGAUUUAUCCUUAUGAAAUAACUUACACGUUUUGUGUAUGAAGAUUGAAUGUGUACAGAGUUACACACAUGAUAUGGUUGUUCUUGUUAAAACGUUACUUAGUGCAACAGGGUUGCUGCUCAACUUGAGUCCACGCUGUCAUGCUUCAGAUAAUGGAACAUUCACUGCCCAAUGUCAGUGCUGCCAGCUUGAUGGAAAAGGAUCACGUAUCAAGCAGAAUAUUAAUAACUUCUUUCACUUUGUCCUAUUUCAUAAUUCAGUUUAGAUAAUCACUUUCAAGCACUAAUGGUUAAAUCUGUGCUAUUUGUAAAUUAUUUCUUACAUAUAUACUGUAAAAACUGCUUUUUGCCUUUAAAUGGCUUUCCACAGAUUGUUCAUGAAGGUUUGAAACUGAUAAGCACAGUAGAAUUCCAUGUGCUGUUACUGCAUUGUUCUCACAAACCAAUCAAAUCGUUUCUCACAUCCGUGGUUGACCCACACAUCAGAGAAAUCAGCCAAUGAAAUCCAUGUUAUAUAAUUGUAUCAUCCAAUCAUAUUCUUUGAUAGUGUCAUCCAAUUCAGAUAGUUAGGCAAACCAUUCCAGUUGUCUAUCACAAUACUCAUUGGCUUUCUAGCCUGUGAUGUCAUUGUUGCAUCAGAUAUUUGUUGUAUGCAGUAUAAACUACCUGUUCGCAAUACUGUGUAUUUCUGCCAGUACGUGGAAAUAAAUAUUGCUUAGUGCAAAGUGUC